CGUUGACGGCACACGGUCAAUACAGGGAAUAAAGAGUCUAUUUUUGCUCACACUUAUAAAUAGUCAAUCCACAGCAGAAAGUAGUGCAGAAGAGAUUUAGUGUUUUUGGCACUCCCGCUAAAGGGUUUUCUGUUCUAAUAGUACUUCUUCUUAUUGUUGACACCGUUUUUGUUUCAAAGAUGAGUGAGUCCCAGACUCGCAUUGUCCAUCUGCGAAAAGGACGCGGUUUCAAAGGGUACAGAAAGCAGAGGACACACGACUAUCUCUACGAUCCCGUGUACACUUUGUCUGGGGAAAGGGAUCACACGAGGACCAGCCUGAAAGCUUAUUCCUCUCUGCACCGGCUGAAAAAGGUUCCCGAGUAUGAGAACAUGUUCAGCAACCUGCCCCACUACCCGCACUACACCCUGCGUGUGGAUGCCAAUGACCCUGUGCCCGCGUGGGUCGAGCGGCGCUGGAGGGGCCGCGCGGAGGAGCGGAAGGCCGCGCUGCAGCAGCUCGUGGGCAUCAAUCCAGCGGUCCAUUGCAUCCAAAUCGGUGCCCAGGAUAAUUGCAAGAUUGCAGGGCAGGACAGAUGGAAGUACUUCAAACGUCCCCUGGUUCCAUUCUCCUCACAGAUCCCAGCAGAUGUGGUGUUUACUCUGCCGAAAGGGAAUGCCUAUUCUUCCUCCGACAAAACUCUGGAACAUCCCCAGACUCCGUUCCAGCAGACAGUGGGGGUGCAAACCGACUAUCGGGAGAGCGAAGCGCAGACCGAUCCCUACACUCCUGAUUAUGUAAUACGGCCCGGAUCUGCUCCAGAGCUACUGACACUGGCUACACUGACAUGGGGCCGUGGUCUCCCUGUGGGGCUGGCAGAGGUGGAAAUGAUCGAGAGGGCGAGAAUGAAAAGGGCCUGGGAGACCACACUCCCGCCUCUUCAUGACAUCUCUCAGUCGGAUAAAAGGAGGAGGAUGAUGGAGGAGAUGGAGAGGAAGGAGUGGGCCUUCCGCGCAAAUGAGAUACAGAAACUGCAAGAGAUGCGACUGGCCCUCCUGAUGAGGCUCCUUCAACAGCGGGAGAAGAGACAGCACGAGGCCACACAGAAGCGUCUGGAAUUGUUCUUCUCCCAGCGACAGCAGGAUACAGAGGCCAGGAUCAAGAAGAUACGUAAUGACUAUGCGUCCUCUAUCAGAAAGCUGAUAGCCAAGAGGAGGAACGUGGAGGGAAAAUUGGAGCGGCGUGACAUUGUCAAGGACUACUCUGACUACGCGUCACAAGUAUACGCCCCGCCCUCCCACCUUGGGCUGCUCCCCGAUCCCAACUCAAAGGGCAGUGCGGUCAACAGUCGCUUCCUGGGGAGCUACCAAGCCAUCCUGGAGCUGGAAGCCAGCCUGCCUGCCUCAGUCACACAGCCCCGCAUUUCUUCUCCGAAGGCGAUGGCCAGCAAAGGCUUUGUCACGCGCGCUGCCCGCCACAAAAUGGAGCUGACCAAAACGUAUGAGGCACUGAAGGUGAAGAAGGAGAAGACUGAGAGACCACUGCGGUUCCUCUACAGGACGGAGAAGGCAGUUUCUCGCCCCCCAACUCCCGUCGUGGCAGUCUGCCCUGAGGGAGAUGAAGAGAAGGAGCUGGCAGUCAUUUUCCUGCAAAAACUGCUGAGAGGGAGAGCGGUUCAGAAUAUGAUGUUCGAGGGAAAGGAGAAGCGCCUGGAGCUGAUCCAGGAGCUGCGCACCACCCAUGCCCUGCAGCAUGAGGAGCAGGAGCAGCAGAGAGCUGACCGCCAGCUCACUCUGACCCUGCAGAAGCAGAGGGAGCUGCAGCAGCAAAAGGCAUCAAUGGAAGAGGGGCUGCUGUCAGGCGUGUCGGGCGGCAUUCUGUCGGACAUGCUGGACUUCUUGUCCAAGGAACUGGUGCGUCUGCAGGAGGAACAGCGGCUCCAUGCACUGGAACUGCUGGCAGAGAGGGAUCGUCGUCGGCGAGAAGCUGAGGAGAGUGGCCGAAGGCAGGUCGAGGAGAGACGCCGCCGUGAGGAGGACGAGAUCUUCAAACAGGUGGUCCAAGUGCACCAGGAGACUGUGGACUUGUACCUGGAGGACAUCAUCCUGGGAACCAUAGAGCAGACUGCUGAUAAUCAGGCCAGAGAGGAGAUACAUAAGAUGGCUCAGGAGAUCAACAACAUUGCCUAUGCUAUGGAGGAGACCCGCACCAGGCUGCAGUCGGAAGAGAUUGUUGCUGAGCUGGUAUACAGUUUCCUGAUUCCUGAAGUGCAGAAGGCCACCAUCAGGGAGAGAGUGCGACAGAGUCAACGCAGGCACCUUCAGGCUGCUCAGUUCAUCGUUCAUGGGGAGUCGGGGACACGUCCUGCCUCACCUUCUACUGGAGUUGCCUCCUGGCACUUGGAGGACAUGAUCUCUCGUAUGGGAGUCGCUGACUCUGAUACACCCCCAGGGCUUGAGCAGGAAGACAAGAAGUGACCUAUUGCUGUGCGUGCUAGGCAUUCAAACAAUUCAUUUUCAAAAUUACAGCAAAGGGUAAGCGAUAUUGUUGAGCAAGAGCAAGAGGAAGAGAUGCUGUUGUAAGGGAGAUGCACAUUUUGGCUAUAAUGAAGGGUAUUUUCAUG